UCGCGCUCCCACCCCACCCGAGAGCAAAGGAGGGAAGCGAUUGGGCACGCUAGUUGCCCAUCAGACCAGGCUCUCUUCUCCCUCAACACAAUUGGCAGACGGAGAAAAGGCCAGUCCGCCGAGGUCUUCCUACCCCUUGGAGACUCAGCGCCACCGCGGAAACAGCUAUCGACGGAGGCCAGGGGCCGUGACUGCUCACUUCCGGCGCGGGCCUAGACGAUUUCUCCCCUUCCCCCGCCCUUCGCCUUCCCACCCCCCGCCCUUCCACUAUGGCCGCCUCUGUGUGGUGUAGGGAGACGCUGGUCUUCCCUGUCCUCCCAUAGCGCUUAUUGCCUCACCCUCACCCCCUAGGGGCCGGAUCCAAAGGCGCUUCACUCCCCAAGCCUUGGGGCAUCAGCCAGGAAGGUUUCCUACCUCCUACUUCAGGGGCAGGACUCCUCUUUCCCCCCCACGGGGAAAAGAGGCAGAAACUUAGGGGUUUCCCUCCUUUUCUUAGGGUCAGACGCUCUUAGGGUCCACUUCUUCAGGGGCGGAAGCCUCUCCUACCCUUCCCAUAGAGGCACAGGCCUUUACCCCACUGUACUUCGGAGCCAACGGCUUUCCCUCAGCACUGCCACCCCAGAGUCAGGACCCAGAGGACUGUGCCUUCGCCCCCAACGCAGGCGCGGCCUUUUGGAGAGGAGGGAGGAGUGGAGAGGACAGGGGCCUUGCUCUCCCCUCCCCAACUUGUUCCUCUUGCCCCCAGUCCCUGGCAAUCCAGAGUUCCCGAUAUCUAGGACUGUCCAUCCAUCCACUCCCUGACCUUUUCCCGUCUCCUGGCUGCAGCCAUGGAGUUGCAGAAGGGAAAAGGGGCAGCAGCAGCAGCAGCAGCUGCUUCGGGAGCAGCGGGAGGUGGAGGAGGAGGAGCGGGAGCAGGAGCCCCAGGAGGGGGGAGGCUGCUACUUUCAACCAGUUUGGAUGCCAAGGAUGAGUUAGAGGAGAGAUUGGAAAGGUGUAUGAGCAUUGUGACAUCGAUGACUGCUGGUGUCUCCGAGAGAGAAGCCAACGAUGCCCUCAAUGCCUAUGUGUGCAAAGGCCUCCCCCAGCAUGAAGAAAUCUGCCUGGGCCUGUUUACUCUCAUCCUCACUGAACCUGCCCAAGCCCAGAAGUGUUACCGGGACUUAGCUCUGGUGAGUCGUGAUGGCAUGAAUAUUGUCCUGAAUAAAAUCAACCAGAUACUUAUGGAGAAGUACCUGAAGCUGCAGGAUACCUGCCGUACUCAGUUGGUGUGGUUGGUACGGGAACUGGUGAAGAGUGGGGUUCUGGGAGCCGAUGGUGUUUGUAUGACGUUUAUGAAGCAAAUUGCAGGUGGAGAUGUUACAGCCAAAAAUAUCUGGUUGGCAGAAAGUGUUCUGGAUAUCCUGACAGAGCAAAGGGAGUGGGUCCUGAAGAGCAGCAUCCUCAUUGCCAUGGCUGUUUACACGUACCUCCGCCUCAUCGUGGACCACCAUGGGACUGCCCAGCUCCAGGCCCUGCGACAGAAGGAAGUAGACUUCUGCAUCUCACUGCUUCGGGAACGGUUCAUGGAAUGUCUGAUGAUUGGUCGGGAUCUCGUAAGACUACUUCAGAAUGUUGCUAGGAUACCAGAAUUUGAACUGCUUUGGAAAGAUAUUAUCCAUAAUCCUCAGGCCUUGAGUCCUCAGUUCACAGGUAUCCUACAGCUUCUUCAGUCAAGAACAUCCCGAAAAUUCCUAGCAUGUCGUCUAACCCCAGACAUGGAGACUAAACUCCUCUUCAUGACAUCCCGGGUGCGAUUUGGUCAACAAAAGCGAUACCAAGAUUGGUUCCAGCGCCAGUACCUGUCAACUCCAGAUAGUCAGUCUCUGCGCUGUGACCUCAUUCGCUACAUCUGUGGGGUAGUCCACCCUUCUAAUGAAGUACUGAGUUCAGAUAUCUUGCCCCGGUGGGCCAUCAUUGGUUGGCUCCUGACAACGUGCACGUCAAAUGUCGCUGCCUCCAAUGCCAAGCUGGCUUUGUUUUACGACUGGCUGUUCUUUAGUCCAGACAAGGAUAGCAUUAUGAACAUAGAACCAGCCAUCCUGGUCAUGCACCACUCCAUGAAGCCCCACCCAGCCAUCACUGCCACACUCCUGGAUUUCAUGUGCCGCAUCAUUCCCAACUUCUAUCCACCAUUGGAGGGCCAUGUGCGGCAGGGUGUCUUUUCCUCCCUCAACCACAUUGUGGAGAAACGGGUCUUGGCACACCUAGCUCCCCUGUUUGACAACCCUAAGUUGGAUAAGGAGCUGCGGGCAAUGCUGAGGGAGAAGUUUCCUGAGUUCUGCAGCUCACCCUCCCCACCUGUGGAAGUCAAAAUUGAGGAGCCAGUUUCCAUGGAGAUGGACAACCAUAUGUCGGAUAAGGAUGAGAGUUGCUAUGACAAUGCAGAGGCAGCCUUCAGUGACGAUGAAGAGGAUCUCAACAGCAAAGGAAAGAAGAGGGAGUUUCGCUUCCACCCUAUCAAGGAGACAGUUGUGGAGGAGCCAGUUGAUAUCACCCCUUACCUUGACCAGUUGGAUGAGUCCCUGAGGGACAAAGUACUCCAGCUACAGAAGGGGAGUGAUACGGAGGCCCAGUGUGAGGUCAUGCAGGAAAUUGUGGACCAGGUCCUGGAGGAAGACUUUGACUCGGAGCAGCUGUCUGUCCUUGCUUCCUGCCUACAGGAGCUCUUCAAGGCCCACUUUCGAGGGGAGGUCCUGCCCGAGGAGAUUACUGAGGAGUCCCUGGAGGAGUCUGUAGGAAAGCCUCUGUACCUAAUAUUUAGGAACCUAUGUCAGAUGCAGGAAGACAACAGCAGCUUCUCUCUGCUUCUAGACCUUCUCUCCGAGCUAUAUCAGAAGCAGCCCAAGAUUGGCUACCACCUGCUCUACUACCUGAGGGCCAGCAAAGCCGCCGCAGGGAAGAUGAACCUGUACGAGUCAUUUGCCCAGGCUACCCAGCUGGGCGAUCUGCAUACCUGCCUGAUGAUGGACAUGAAGGCCUGCCAGGAGGACGAUGUGCGGCUCCUGUGCCACCUCACACCCUCCAUCUACACAGAGUUUCCAGAUGAAACCUUGAGGAGCGGAGAGCUGCUGAACAUGAUCGUGGCUGUUAUUGACUCUGCACAGCUCCAGGAGCUGGUCUGCCACGUGAUGAUGGGUAACCUGGUUAUGUUUCGAAAAGACUCAGUUCUCAACAUACUCAUUCAGAGCCUAGACUGGGAGACCUUUGAGCAGUAUUGUGCCUGGCAGCUCUUUCUGGCCCACAAUAUUCCCCUGGAGACCAUAAUCCCCAUCCUGCAGCACCUCAAAUACAAGGAGCACCCAGAGGCCCUGUCCUGCCUACUGCUUCAACUCCGAAGAGAAAAGCCCAGCGAGGAGAUGGUGAAGAUGGUGCUGAGCCGGCCCUGCCAUCCUGAUGACCAGUUCACCACCAGCAUCCUGCGGCACUGGUGCAUGAAACAUGACGAGCUGCUGGCCGAGCACAUCAAGUCCCUGCUCAUCAAGAACAACAGCCUGCCUCGCAAGAGACAGAGCCUGAGGAGCUCUAGCAGCAAGCUGGCCCAGCUGACUCUGGAGCAGAUCCUGGAGCACUUGGACAACCUGCGGCUCAACCUGACCAACACCAAGCAGAACUGUAUGCCUUCCACCCUCAGCGUCCAGUGUAGACGAUGCUGCCCUGGCCCAGACUACGCCUGGAGCCAGGCUGGGGGCAGGGGCAGGACACCCGGGGCCACAACCCACGCUCAGGAUAAAACAACCUGUGGGUGCUGUUUAAUAAGCUCCCAAACAUCUGAUUGUUUUUCCUUCCCUGCUCUCCCUUUUCUUCCUCUAGUUUUUAGCCAGACCCCAAUUCUCCAGGCGCUGCAGCAUGUCCAGGCGAGCUGUGACGAAGCCCACAAGAUGAAAUUCAGUGAUCUCUUCUCCCUGGCGGAGGAAUAUGAGGACUCUUCCACCAAGCCACCCAAGAGCCGGCGAAAAGCAGCUCUGUCCAGCCCUCGAAGUCGAAAGAAUGCCACACAGCCUCCCAAUGCCGAAGAAGAGUCGGGCUCCAGCAGUGCUUCAGAAGAGGAAGACACGAAACCGAAGCCUACCAAGCGGAAACGAAAAGGGUCCUCUGCAGUGGGCUCUGACAGUGACUGAGGCCCUGCAUUCCCCAUCCCACCCCCAGCUGGACUGCCCUCUCCUUCUUGGUGAUUCAAAGGUUAAUAGAGGCUGAGGAGAUUGCAGGGGAAACACCCUUGCUGCAUCCCCAAGCUCCCCCGGUGGAAGGAGGAGCUUUCUCCUGUGGCUGAGUUUGAGAAGCUGCCAUGCAGCCCUAGCCCCUUCCCUCCUCCUGGGGCCUCCAGCCCCUCACACUGCUGUUCCCAGUGAUAUUUGGGAUCUGACUGAAGCCAGAGGCUCUGUAAAAUCAGACCAUAGUGGAAGUCCUCAGCCCCCUGGCCUCUUCCCCAGUCUCUUCCCCCAGUCUCCCAAAGAGCCAUUUCAACAGAGAAGGGAAAUGACAAAGGGGCAGCUGGCCAGAUAAGCUAGGAUGAGAGCAGAGACUCAGUGUGUGGGUGUCCCUUCCCACUUCCCCUUCGGGUCUUGGUUUGUUCUGAAGGGGCGUUUUAUAAUCACUAUCCACAUGCCAGUGUGAAAUGGGCAUCUAUGACGUGGUCAGGGUGUCCAUUCCUAAUCAUGGGGCAGAUGCCACAAGUAUUCAGAAAGGAGUCUGAAAGGGUGGCCACAGCCCCACGUGGUGUGCCCUGGAGGCUUAGGUUGGCCUGAGGUUGGCACCUCAACCUACACCAGAGCCCAGGGAGUCCCAGAGGCAAGUUUCACAGAAUUGUCAAAUGAUCCCAUUUCCUUGAGUCUUUUUUUUUUUUUUUUUUGGCAGAGAUAAUCGUGUCUUAAAAGUUGUUUUUAAAUGACAAUAAAACAAGCCACAAUGUU